UAUUUGUUUGGAAAACACAAAAGUUGCAAUUUCAGAAUGAGUGCGAAACACUCAUUCUGAUGCUAUUGUGACACAGAUGGUGCUCCAGCCUUAAAAGACAAGAAAUGCUCCCGAAUCUUGGCCCGCCCCCCUCCUACACCGUCUGCCCGGGCGGGUGCACGAGAGGCUGCUGCUGCGGCGCCGAAUCUCUCGCAGUCCCGCCGGUCGCCAGUGGACGCUGCCCGGCUGGCCGAACAUGGCGGCGGCCCCGGAGAAGGAGGUAGACCGCAGACCGAUCCGGAGGGUCCGGUCCAAGAGUGACACGCCUUACAUCAACGAGGCGAGGAUCUCUUUGCACCUGGAGACAGCUGAGGAAGUGGAGAGGUUGGCAGCGAUGCGCUCUGAUUCGCUGGUUCCAGGCACACACACACCUCCCAUACGGCGACGGAGCAAAUUCGCCAACCUAGGACGUCUGUUCAAACCAUGGAAGUGGAGGAAGAAGAAGAGUGAAAAGUUCAAACAGACCUCAGCUGUGCUUGAGAGAAAGAUGUCGACUCGUCAGAGCAGAGACGAGCUCAUCAAGAAGGGAGUGCUGAAGGAGGUGUACGAGAAAGACGGCUCUUGCUCUGUUGUACGAGAGGAGGUGAAAAUGGAGAAUGGGCGCUCUCCGGUGCUUGGCUCCGGCCUAUCUGAGCGUGACAGUACUGAGCUGAUGGAGGGAGCGGCUGCAGCUGGAAGCUCUCUGGAGUUUCAGAUGUCCAGUGAAGGUGCAUGCCAUCAGGACCACACCCAAAAAUCCAUCCAGGCUCCGCCCAUGAAGAAGUCAACGGUUUACCCCUCUGACGGCGCCGAGUCACCGCACAGACCUCCCACGCUACACAAACAACCUCCAGCGCUGCCACCCAAACCCUUCAACAGGCUACCUAAUCACAUCACAGACGGAGCCCCAGUGAAGCUGCCAUGUAUGUCGGUGAAGUUGUCACCUCCUCUACCUCUAAAGAAGAUUCUGAUCUCCGUACCUGCAGGGAGCAUGGAGCCCUCUCCGCUCGCCUUCCAGAAGUGCCCCGCCCCCUCCAGCCACGCUUCGAUAGGAGGCCACUCCUUGCAGUAUGGGACGAUGCCAGUUGCGCUCCACCCCCCUAGCCGGAUCAUAGAGGAGCUCAACAAGACCCUGGCCCUUACAAUGCAGAGGUUUGAGAGCUCCAUGAUUCACGGCGUUCCCACAGUGAUGAUCCAGUGUGACGAGGACAAAGAGAACCUCCCCAGUGAGGACAUGCCUGGUAUGUACCAGGACGAGGAAGAGGAGGAGGAAGAAGAGGAUGAAGAGGAAGACGACGAGGAAGAGGAGGAUGAUGAAGAGGAGGAUGAUGACACGUUUUUUACAAGCACACUGGCCAUGAAGGUGUUACGGAAGGACUCUCUGGCCAUCAAGAUAAGUAACCGACCGUCCAAGAGGGAGCUGGAGGAGAAAAACAUCCUGCAGCUGCAGUCGGACCAGGAGAGAAUCGAGUCCCGACAACAAACAGCCACCAAACUGACCAGGCGGUUGAGUCAGCGGCCCACAGCAGAGGAGCUGGAGCAGAGGAAUAUACUCAAACCUCGGAACGAUCAGGAGGAGCAGGAGGAGAAGAGGGAGAUCAAGAGACAUUUAUCCAAAAAGCUGAGCCAGAGGCCCACUGUGGAGGAGCUGAGGGAGGCGAAGAUCCUGAUCCGCUUCAGCGACUACGUGGAGGUGGCCGAGGCUCAGGACUACGACAGGCGAGCGGACAAGCCGUGGACUCGGCUAACCGCUGCUGAUAAGGCUGCCAUCAGGAAGGAGCUGAACGAGUUUAAAAGCACAGAGAUGGAGGUGCAUGAGUCGAGCAGGCAUCUGACCAGAUUUCAUCGGCCAUAAGCCGGUCCACUCAGACCUCGGACAUGCUUUUAUCCUCCCACGCUGAGCCUCAUGUGUUGGGAUCGCUACCUGCUGCCCUCUUGCUGACUGCUCCUCUCUCCAGCGUCGACAGACUGGACAUGAACACAACCUGUGAGCUGCAGGCCUCACAGGAGAGAGGAGCAAACACACUGGAGGAGGAUCGACAGACUCCUUGAUGUUCAAAAGCUUUUCAUUUUUUAUGAUGAACAGAUGGUGAUUUUACUUUGCAGCACUUUUUGGACAUCAAUCAGAAUCUGUGCCAAUUUGUAGGACAGGAAACGUGACAUGUUGAAGAUGGGAGUUCAUUUUCUUUCCUUUUUUUGUACAAAGGGAUGAUUUUGUUGCCUUUCACCAUGUUCUCACUCUUUUAUCAAAUAAUGGACUUCUUGUUUCUUUGAGGGGUUUGCUUGUGUUGGCACAGAUGACACUCGUUUUCUUAUUGCCUGAGGAAUCAAAGUUUUUACAACAGAUUAUUGCUGUUGUAGGCAGCUCACUCUCAAGCCAAAAUGUCCAUAAAUCUGGAUCAAAUUCCCAAAACCUUCUCUGCAAGCCAGUAUCGGCUCAAAGUAAGAUCUCCUGACACAAACACACCAACCAACAGCAAUAAUUUCAGAUUUCUCCAUUCUUCUUCUUCAUCUGUUUAUGGGCUGCAUUCAUGAGCUUAACACUGUCAGAAUUCAGAGCCCCAUUUUGAAACCAAAGCAACUUGACUUGCUGUGGAGGUUGUGAUCUUGAAUGCAUCUCAGAGUUCAGUAACCCACUGUGUCACUGUGCCUACAGUAUUGUUUACAGGGAUUUCAAACUUGCCAAAUUAACUCAUUUCAUUUGCUACAGAACAUUUAUCUGUAAACACAGGAAAAUGUUGCCGAACUCUCAGAACUUUUUUUUUCUAAUUCAUUUUUUUAUUCUGAACUUUCUUGAUACAAAACCUGAGAACGCUGUCAUCUUACUUUUCAUGUUGUUAUUGUUUACAGUCCACAUCCGGCUCAUGAAAUGGAAGUCUCGACCAGACGGAGAACUGGUUUUCGUUGUGUGAAUGAGUUAUGACUGUUCAUCUGAGUGUGUGCGUAAACAAGAGUCAGUAACAUCGCUGUCUCUUGUUCUUGUGUGUUGAAAGUGUUCUGAGCGAUUCUCAGAAUUCUAAAACGUGUACAUAAAGAAAGAAAGUCAGACUUUUCAAAUGUUUUUUUGUAAAGCAGAAAAAACUGCAUGUGAGUAUUAAUUUAUUGUGAGUCUUCUAUGAUGUAUGCAGUUUCUUAAUGAAAGAAACUUAUUAAAAAAUAAGUUUAUGA